CAUGAGGUGAGUGAUACGUGAUCGCAAAAUCAGAAUUCUUCGUUUCGCAGGGAUUAUGAAUGUGUGCACGUGCUGGUUGACCGGUGGUGUCAGGACCCCGCGCAAAGUUCUGUUCACAAUUCAUGGAUUCCCUUGCCUUCUUAACCAAGAACGAGGUUGAAAGCUCUCCGUUUCUCUUGUCACCGUGCUCUUCUAAUGCAUACGGAAAAACUCUAAAUGUUGUUUGGGUUUGAACACUUAUGACCAUGGCAAUGACAGUGCCUUUGAUGCCGGUCUGAGAGGACCUGAGGUGUAUUAAACUAUGGGUAAUAUCUUCAGCUCGCAAAAUUCAUCCACUAGAAGAAAACCGGCGGGGAUAUGCUUCAGUUGCGUGAGAUCUGCAAGUGACGAAGAAGGCGGCGAGUUGGAGGCACAAAAUGACGGAAGUUGCGCUCAUGGCGAAAGGAAGCGCUAUUCAAAUGAAAUGGUGUUCAAGAGUCAAAUUUCCACCUCAUCCGAAAAUAAGCCCGAUAACAAGUCGAAAGGCUCGUUGGAUUGCAUCAGUAGUAGCGAUUCGAAGCACUAUUUAGAUGCCAGUGGACUUCAGAAGAAGAUCUCAGACUGUAGUUAUGAUCGGGAUGCUCAGAGCUGUUUGGCAGCAGAAGCGAUGAAAAGCAAUGUUGUUUUGCCGGAAGAAACGCAAAAUUUACUUCGCGGGCGUCUGAGUCCUGUUCCCGUCUUCUCGCACAAAGACAUCUCAGUUUUCGUUAUUUCUGCAGCAGAUGAUACGUCGGUUGAGAGGAACGAGUUGUUGAAGAGAGUUUUGCCUCAGUUGAAAACGCACUGCAAAAUGCAAGGAUGCCGGAUGAUCGGAUUGAACGUGAACAAGCUCGGAGAACAUAGUAACAUAGGUCAUUACACCCAUCGACAGCUGUGUCUGCGCAUUUUGAAAAACAUCCGAGAAUGCUCCAACUUGGUUCUCAUUCUAUUGAUCCGUGAUGACCCCGGGAAAUUGCUUUUGCCGGAAAUUAUCAGUUCGAAAGAUUUCGAAGCAGCGUGUGGCGCGCUGGACAGUCGGCGUAGGAAAAGGUUACAGGAAUGUUACUUCAAGAGUGGAGACUCGUAUUUGUUACUAAAGAAGGAGGGUGUAGGUCCUCAGGAUGACCUUAUUACUGCCUUGACGGGCGUUUGGGAGGACUGUGAUUCUCAUCAGUAUUUGAAAAGCAUGUUUGAAGAGGUUGUGGAUAUAAUGUCGGGUGAGAAGGGGGAGGAGCGUUGUGCAAUAAAAUCUACUAUUUGCCUAAAAAUUCGACCGGUGGGAAGAAGUGCAGAAGAGAUGCAAGGAGCAGAAAUGCAUCUCAAGCGUCUCACUUUGUUGGAUUCGAAGAUUCAGGCUUCGGUAGAUGAAAACAAUAUCGUGCAACUCACGGUGAAGCUCAAAGAUGGGAUGAUCGAUCCCGAGUAUUCUUCACACGUACAAUACUUGGACGAUGUUUGCGCAAGAACUAUGCCUAUCCUUACUAGCAUUGUUGAUUGCGAUAUCAUGCCUUACACGCAAAUGGAUCCUCUUCCAUUUGGCAUUGAUCGCUGGUUAGCAACCGAGCUUAAGCAAGGAGGUCACAUCCUAAAAUCGCUCUCUCGAUUGCCGUCAUUUCGCACAGAGCAACUGAAAAGUUUCAAAAGAGUGAUCGAGAGAGCGAACGGGCAUGCAGUUAUUGUUCAUGGUGAACCAGGCUGUGGGAAAACAACAUUUAUGGUUUCUGUGAUAAACGCUUUGCGGCGGUGGUUUCCCGGUUGUGGGAUUUUGUUCCGAUUCGGAGCAAUGACGCCGCAGACGCAGAUCUCAUCGAAUCUCUUUCGCUCGAUUGCCAUUCAUUUAUCGUACUUUCUGGAUGAAUCCGCUCACGAGCAGUACAGAAAGCCCGCUUCGAAGGAGGUUCUGAUGGGCAUGUUGAAGAGUCUGCCGCCAGAUUUUUUUCUCAUUAUCGUCGUUGAUGCAAUAGACCAGGUUGAAAAAGUGGCUGUUGAUCCGUUUGAUUGGCUGCCCGUCGAUAAUUUACCGAGCAACAUCAAAAUCAUCGUUUCUAUGGACAACACAUCAGAAUACCUGCCGAAAAUCAAAGACAUUUUGCCAAAAAGUUCCUUGUUUUCGUUGGAAAAUCUCGCUCUGAAUGAUUUGAUGAGUGUUGCCAAAGAGAAUAUGGCUGCUCAGCAUCACUAUUUACCGAAUGCCAAUGAGCUCGAACAAAUCCGCAAAUGCCUGUCGUCGGUACAGUCCUUAUGUGGAGUCCAGUUGUUGACGCAGUUGGGAUACACGGGAUCCCUGGAAUCGCUUCCGAAUACCGUACAAGGGCUUCUGGAAAAAAUGGUCCAGGAGCUGGAGGAAUCCCUUGCCUCUAACAAGGUGUUCGAGGCGUUGUUGGCGCUUGCGACAAUGCGGCAGGGUGUAGCUGCAGAAGAAUUUGAGGAAUUCUUUACUGAGCCCUCGCAAGACGACAGUGGGGUGCCAAAUUUUGAUGGCGCGUGGCUCAACAUCUUCUUCAGCGUCCUGCCGUUUCUGCACACCAUCAACGUGGGAGGUGUCUCAAUGUACACCUACACAAGUCGACAUUUCAAGAACAUGGUGCUAUCACUUGGUUCGGAGCCAACUGCUAAAACUUCUUUGGAAUCAACUCUACGUGCCUUGAAAAAGCGUUUGCAGGAUACUUUGUCCGUCAUGGAUGGUAGGGACACGUGUCAUGCGUUUGAGGAAAUACCGUUUCUUGCCUUCCAACUUGGAGACAGUAUGGAUGAAUACAUAUUUGGAAUGAAUUGGCUGUUCGAAAAGAUAUGCAAGUGCGGAGUCACUGAGGUCGAAAAUGACUUGAGUCUUGUCUUGCGUCGACAAGACAACCAGGACGAUCUUUUGCUGCUCUUCUCCGCUUUACAUCUGAGUGGACAUGCGUUGAACGUGGAUCCCGCCCAAUUUUUCACUCAAAUUUACACUCGUCUGUUGCCGAUCGCCGCGUCCACGGAUUUCAAUGUUAAAUUUCCGAGUACGGCGGUAUUGUUGGCUCGGAUCAAAGAAUUCCCGAUGACGAGCUUCAUACCAUUGAGGCCUUGUCUCCGGAGUCCCAGCUUGAAUGGGGAACAGGGAGGGUAUUCGUCAAACGGGAGAGUGAAGAUGGACGCGAAGCUUUUUGCGAUUCCUUCGGAUCCUGGUUAUGUGAUCUCAUUGUCGUCGACCGCUGGAAAACUGGCCGUGUGGAACUGCAUCAAAAACACUUGUGUUCAAAGGAUGCGGGAUUUGCAAGAGCCGAAAAUCCUCCAGCUUUUGCCGGGAAAACGAAAAGCAAUUUGUCUCUGCGGCCGGGAGCUGAUUCUCAUCGAUCUUGCGGAAGGCAAAAUGGAGUUGAAAUUGAAAGGCAUUAUGAAUCAGAAAUUGCCGCUUUUUGCUUUGGUGGACGAGUAUCAUCUAAUAACUCUCGCACGAAACCGCAUGUAUCUCAACUUGAUCAACAUGGAGUCCGGAGACUGCAUUUCCACGUUUAAAGUGGGAGAGGAUCGGUUCUUGAAUUCGUUGGUUGUAUCGGAAAACGGGAAGAUCUGCGUUUAG